CUCCGUUUUCAGCAUCUGCCCUCUCCCUGGCCAACUCCCAGAUUUCAUCUGGCGCCUACCCCCUACCCCGCUGCCGCUGGGGCCGCUUGGGCGGACUGUGUGGAGGAAGGGGGGGCACCAGACCCAGGCCCUCAGGCGGCCCUGCCCGGCCCGAGAGCCAGCCGGCCCGCUGCCCGCCCCGCCGUGGCGCCGAGCCUCUCCCGACCGAAAUGGGCGACAUGUCCAUGCAGGGCGGCGCGGCGCGCUUGACGAUCGCGCCGGCCGGCGCGGCGCAUCGCCCGAGGAGCGAGAAGCCGAGCAAGGCGCGCCAGGCGGUGCUCCUCGAGGAAAUCGAGAGCGCCAUCAGCAGCGAGCGGGAGUACUGGUCCUCCUUCUACCUGGAGGAGGUGAGGAAGGUGGAGAGGUCCGUCUCUGCGGCCCAGCACCGGGCCGACGCCGACCGGGCCGACGCCGAGGCCCUGCGCGCGUCGGUGCGCGACCUGCGCGGGGAGCACGAGUCUUCCUCCGCGGUCGGGGCCACGAGGCUGUCGCUGCUGGAGGCCGCCGUCUCCGAGCUGCGCGAGGCGUGGCAGGAGGAGCGGGAGCAGCUCCGGGGCGAGCUGCGCCGCGUCGAGGAGCGCGGCCUCGCGGAGGCGGCGGCGCUCCGCGCGUCGCACGAGGGCGCGCUGAGCGCGGCGGUUCGCGAGGCGCUGCAGAUCGAGCGGGUGCAGCGCAGGGACGAGCUGCGCGAGGUCGAGGAGCGCGGCCUCGCGGAGGUGGCGGCGCUGCGCGCGGCGCACGAGGGCGCGCUGGGCGCUGCGGUGCGCGACGGCGGCGGCGGCCUGGCCGCCGAGGCGUUGGCCGAGCUGAUGUCGGAGGUGUCCCAGCUGAGGGCGGCCGCGGCGGAGGGGCCGGAGGAGGCCUGCCGGCGCUUGCGGCAGCUGUCGGAGGGCCUGGAGCAGGUGCGCAGCUCGGCGGACGCGGCGCAUCAGCGCCUCUCGGAGCUGGCGCUGGGACAGGCGAAGGUCUGCGAGCGCCUCUCGCUCCUGGACGACACCCAGGCCCACGUCCUCGCGGCCCAGGGCAAGAGCCGGGGGGACCUCCUGCAGGCGGAGCAGGCCGUGGAGGAGCUGCGGGCGGCGCUGCGCGGCCUGGCGGCGGCCCCCGAGGAGCCGGCGGCUGCCUGCCGCGCGCGGCCCCCCGCGGAGAUCCCCGGCGCCCGCCCGGAGCGCGCGCGGCCCCCCGCGGAGGAGGGCGCACGGUGCGCCGGGCCAGACGGCAGGGCGCAGGAUGUGGACCUGAGGGCGGAGGUCGCUUCCUUGAGAGCCUCCUCGGUGGAGCAGGUCCACCUCGAGGGGCUCAGGGCCGACGGGGCCGCGCGCGGCGAUCCCGAGGGGCCGCGCGUGGUGGAGCUCCGGGCCGACGUGGCCGCCGAGCAGCGCGCGGCAAGCCCGCGUGCGGCGCCGACCGCAGGCGAAGGUGGCCACCCAGCAGGGCCGCUCAGCGCUCGCUCGCCCGCGCACGCGCGCGCUGUGUGCGAGCGAGUCGCGGAGCUGGAGAACAGGAUGGCCGCGGCCUCGUCGGCGCCCGGGCGCCGGGAGGGGCCGCUGGCACCGCCCGCGCAGGAGGCGCUGCCCACGCUGCUCACCAGCGGCGGCCACGGCGUGCGGCGGCCCGGCGCGGGGCGCGCCGACGCCAAGCCCUCGGGCGCGCAGCGCGAGGCCGACAGCGCCGCCGCAGACGUCGAGGUGGCCCGCUCGGUGCCCUCCGGCCUGAAGGCCGCCGCCGCAGUGCCCCUCCUGCGGCUCCCGGGCGCUGUGCGGGCCCUGCCCACACCGCCGCUGAGCGCCAGCGGCCCGCGGCCGCAGGCCGACCAGCCGCGGAGCGCCCGCUGCCCGCGGCCGCAGAGCCUGGCGGCGCCCGCCGCCGCACCGCAGAGGUUGCCGUCCUUCGGCUCGGCCCAGGCGGCCCCGCGGCACGCCGUGGUGCCGCGCGGAGGCUCGGCCCACGUGGCCCCGGGGCCCCCGCUGCUGCUCCGCCGCGUCUGAGGCGGGCUGCCGCCCGGGGCGGCCGCGGCUCGCGGGCGGUGCCUCGCGCGGGCGGCUGCCCUCGCAUCUGUGCUGCUUGAUCCAACCCUCUCGUGGCAGAGGGAAGGGUCUCGCCGCCAUGCUGCUUGUUCCAACCGUCUCGUGGCAGUCGUAGUAUUCGCUUUUCCUCCUCCUCCUCCUCCUCCUCCUCCUCCUCCUCCUCCUCCUCCUCCUCCUCCCUCAUCGCAUCUCUGCCUGCGCGGCCUUGUGCUCUGGGCCCUGUCGUGGGCGCCGCGGCGCGGGCGCGCCAGGCGGGUCCUUUCUCCACCCCCGCGGGUGGGCCCGCAGGCCCGCGGGCGCCGGGCGCCCGGGGCGCUGCAGCCCUGCACGAGACUUUUUUUCGAGAGGCCCCUGCACGUGCCAGGAUGGGCGUGCGGGCGCGUUAUGCUGCUGCCGCUGCUGUUUCUGGUGAUGACGGGGAG